UGAACAUAACAGAGACGGACAGAGUGGAGGACGGACGGACUUGUUCUUAUUGAAGUUUUGGGACGUUUUUAAGGCUUAUUUUGAAGAUUUGUCCGUCUCUGUGUGAGCGCUGUAAGCAGUUUCAUCAUGAAUAAUAAUCAGGGCAUCGCUAUCUAUGACAACACAGGAUUUUGUAAUGACGAAGAAAACCCCCCUCCAUAUUCCCCACAUGGGUCUACAUACCCCUCCUUCCCACCAAACACCCCCCGCUACGUCGCCUCCACCCCCCAAACCAUCAACACCCACCACACAGGAAUACCUGGAAUACCCAAGGACGCCCGACAAACCAAAGGACUGAAGCGCUGUCCGUGCAGAUGCAUCCUGUGUGUUUCUGUGUUCGUUGUUCUCAUCCUGGCGCUGGUCGCUGUCUUGCUCUGGUACUUGUUGGAGUACCAGUGUCUCCUGGGGAGGUCGUGUGGAGGCGAUGGGAGGUGUCUCAGACCUUCUCAGUGGUGUGAUGGAGUCGCUGACUGUCCGGAUGAAGACGACGAAUCUCAGUGUUUCCGACUUCAGGGAACCAACUCCCUUCUGGAGAGUUACUCGUCGGUCAGGCAGACGUGGUUACCGGUUUGUGCAGAUAACUGGGACGACGGCCACAGUAGAGCCGUUUGUCAGCAGAUGGGCUUCAACAGUCAGGAUUAUGUGGGUUUCAGUGAAACCACCGUCGGUUCUUCGUCCUCUAACGGAUACUUGAGGCUGUCGGAUGAAAGUAACCUCGGAUCCUUCCAACUUUCUCACAGCCAAAGUUGUUCAACUAGAGGCGUCACACUUCAGUGUAUUGAGUGUGGAGUGACUGACGUUCAGCCCAGUUCUCGUAUCGUCGGUGGGACCGAGGCGGUGAACGGGGCCUGGCCGUGGCAGAUCAGUCUCCAGAGGGACUACCAAAACGUCUGUGGAGGCUCCAUCAUCAGCCCCGUCUGGAUCCUUUCUGCUGCUCACUGCUUCAAAACGGACAGAACACCCGACCUGUGGACUGUAUUCGCUGGCGACGUGAGCUUAUUAACAUCAAAAGGAUAUUUGGGCAACAUAAUCGAUAAAAUCAUCGUUCAUGAAAAAUACAACCCAAAGACCUCUUCCAAUGACAUCGCUCUGCUGAAGCUCAGAACACCUCUGACAUUAACAAGUACGAUAAAGCCGGUGUGUCUCCCUCAUGUUGGAACGGAUCUGUUGACUGAACAAAAAGGCUGGAUCACAGGAUAUGGAUACCUGAGCGUUCAUGGAACUCGUCCCAUCACCAUGAAUCAGGCCCAGGUGACCAUUUACAGCAGAGAAACCUGCAACGCAAGGCAGGUGUUGAACGGGCAGGUCUUGGAGGACAUGAUCUGUGCUGGGACUCUGCAGGGAGGAGUCGAUGCAUGUCAGGGGGACAGCGGCAGCCCCCUGGUGGUCAAGAAGGGAGGUGUAUGGUGGGUGAUGGGGGUCACAAGCUGGGGGAUUGGAUGUGCUUUGCCUAAUAAACCUGGAGUCUACACCAACGUCACCUACUUUAUUGACUGGAUACAUGAGCAGCUGAAGAAUAAUUAAUGAAGAUGUCUUUGAGCCUUUUCAUGUACGAAGCAUUCUGAGGACAACAUUUUCACCAAAAACAACUGGAUGUAUGAUCAUUUCAUCAGUUUUAUUUUACUGUCAUUAUCACAGAUUCACUAUUUAUUGAAAUAAAGCACAGUUUCCAAUAGA